CCUUGCCAAAGCGUUCAUCUCAUUCUCAUCUCAUUCAGCGGUACCUACACCAGCAGUUUGAACAGAACUGGGUCAUGGUAGAUUGAAUCCAUCGAGUGUCACGUCACCUGAAUGACACCAGCUUCUUGAAACCGAGACUCGGCGAAACUGCAAGGUUACGAGGAGUGUGAGAGAGCAAGCCGGUGAUCCUCUCAUUAAGGUAGGCCAAAGGCCACGGGGGCAUCUGCUUGGUUUUUUAUUUUCAUCCCUUCUCUUGAAAACAGAAGGGAGCAAAAGAAAGAUGGCCACCGAGCCAAUGGAUGUCGAUGCACCGACUGGCCUUAAACGCAAAGCCGAUGGUGAACCCGCCGAGUCUCGUGCGCCUCGUAGGAUCAGGGCCUUGGAUCCGGAUGUUGUAAACAGAAUUGCGGCUGGAGAGAUUAUAGUUGCCCCCGUUCACGCCCUGAAAGAGCUGAUGGAGAAUGCCGUGGAUGCAGGCUCGACUUCAGUUGAGGUCCUUGUCAAGGAAGGGGGCCUCAAACUCCUACAAAUCACCGACAACGGCUGUGGCAUCCGUAAAGAGGAUCUUGCUAUACUGUGUGAACGCCACACAACAUCCAAAAUCACAUCGUUCGAGGACUUGACGUCCAUCUCGACCUACGGCUUCCGUGGCGAGGCCCUUGCAAGCAUCAGCCAUAUUGCUCAUCUUUCUGUCACCACCAAGACAGCCGACUCGGAUGUGGCAUGGCGGGCUCACUUCCUGGACGGCAAACUCGUGCCGGCAAAACCGGGACAGUCACCGGCCCCAAAGGCCACCGCCGGCAGGAAUGGUACCCAAAUCUGCGUCGAAGACCUCUUCUUUAACGUCCCUACGCGAAGGCGUGCGUUUCGGUACCCUUCGGAUGAAUACAACAAAAUCAUCGACAUGGUCGGCCGCUAUGCCGUCCAUUGCGAGGGCGUCGCCUUCUCCUGCAAGAAACACGGGGAUCCGGGUACGGGCCUCUCCAUCCAGGCCAGCGCCAAGACUGUGGACCGCAUCCGCCAAAUCCACGGCGCCAACGUGACGAAUGAGUUGCUGGAGUUUUCGACUUCCGAGGAUCGCUGGGGGUUCCAGGCUGACGGCUUCGCGACCAAUGCCAACUACCACGUCAAGAAAACUACGCUUCUGCUAUUUAUUAAUCACCGCUGCGUCGAAUCGACCCAUAUCAAGAAGGCCAUUGAGCAGGUUUACGCUGCUGUCCUCCCCAAGAACGGACGCCCUUUCGUCUACCUCAACCUGAACAUUGACCCAGCCAGAGUCGACGUCAAUGUCCAUCCCACGAAACGGGAAGUGCAUUUUCUCAACGAGGACGAGAUCAUUCAAUCCAUCUGUGAGCACAUUCGCUCCAAGCUGGCCGAGGUUGAUACGAGCCGAACGUUCUUAACGCAGAUGGUAUUACCUGGAAUGCAAUGGGAAGAUAAAGACGGUGCAGGUGCAGGUACUGGUGCAGAUGAGGCCGAGAGAAGUCCGGCACCGGAUGCGUCGGCUAAGAAGCGACCCCGAAGGAAUUCCAAUAACCUCGUUCGAACCGAUACGUCCCUUCGUAAGAUCACGAGCAUGUUCCCGACAGCAGCAGCAUCAGCAUCAGCAGCACCAGCAGCACCAGCAGGCGAGGGCAGCGAUAGAACCCCUGCUCCGGAGCUGGACGAGGAUGUGCUCGCCAUGCCCGAGGACGUCCAAUACGAGACUGUGGAUCGGGAGCCGACUCCGUGCCGGCUGACAAGUAUCAAGGAGCUCCGGGCCGAAGUACGAGAGGACAUCCACCACGACCUGACGGAGGCGUUUGCGGGGCACACGUUCGUCGGCGUCGUGGACGAGCAGCGGAGGUUGGCCGCCAUCCAGGGUGGUGUGAAGCUUUACUUGGUAGAUUACGGGUUCGCUUGUUUCGAAUACUGCUACCAGGUCGGGCUGACGGACUUUGGAAACUUUGGUGCCAUUCGAUUCAACCCGACCUUGGACCUCAGGGAGCUGCUGCGCAUAGCAGCAACACGUGAAAAGGAGGUGAUCGAAUCGCCCGGGGAGGAUUUUGAGGUGGAUGUACUUGUUGAACGGGUGGCGAGCCAGCUGGUUGAGCGUCGCGAGAUGUUGCUCGAGUAUUUCUCGCUUGAGAUCACACCGACAGGCGAUCUCGUGAGCAUCCCGCUUCUGAUCAAGGGAUACACGCCGCCUGUGGUCAAACUUCCCAAGUUUCUUUUACGGCUUGGUCCGUACGUCGACUGGAUGGAUGAAAAGGCAUGCUUUGAAACCUUCCUGAGGGAGCUGGCUUCUUUUUACGUCCCGGAGACACUACCCCCAAGUAUCCCUUCUGGCGGCGAGGCGGAGGAGGGGAGUGCAGAGGCAAAAGAAGGGGAAUGGGAAGGGGAAGGGGAAGGGGAAGACUUGAGCCGAGACGGGCCCAUGUACCAGGAACUGUCCAGGCGGCGCAAGAACGUCCGCUGGGCUAUCGAGCACAUCUUCUUUCCGGCGUUUAAAUCCAGACUGUUGGCCACGAAGGCACUCAUGAAGGGAGGCAUCUUGGAGGUGGCGGAUUUGAAAGGAUUAUAUCGGGUAUUUGAACGGUGUUGAGAUGGCGUUGACAUUGGCGACGCUUACUAUACCUACUUAGCUUAGCUGGGUAGGGUGAAUACCAAGAGUUCGACAAACAAUAUUAACU